UGUACACUUUAUUUUACAUUGUAAAUUUAUGAAUAAUUUUAGAGUCUUAGCUCAUUAAUGGAGUGUAAAAUAGACCCAGAAAGGUCGGUGAGGUUUGGACAGAUCGGUACCCGCGUUUCCAAAGGAAAAUGUGUCGAUACUUCACCAAAAAUAUUCAAAUUGACUGGAAUCGACCCAUAUAAUAUCCGCGCGCAUUUGUCUUGGAAACAGAACCCAGAAAGGUAGGACAAAUGGAGGGAAGAAUGGAAGUGGAAAAGAGUGUCCAUGAAGCCGCCAUCUUGGGGGACGUAGAGUUGCUGGAUCGAGUCCUUGAGAGAGACCCCCUCAUUCUCGAUAGGGUUUCGGUGGGUUCAUUGGUUCAUACUCCUCUCCACGUGGCUGCAUUCAGGGGACACUUGGAAUUUGUCCGGAGGUUGCUGUCCAAAAACCCAGACCUCGCCGGCGUGUUGGAUCUGCGGCGGUGGUCGGCGCUUCACCUAGCGGCGGCUAAGGGACACCGCUCUGUCGUCAAAGAAUUAGUACAAGCCAAUCCUGAGAUGUGCACUGCCCUGGAUGCAGAUGGCAGGAACCCGCUUCAUCUUGCUACUAUCAAGGGGAAUAUCGACGUCCUGGUUGAAUUGUUCGAAGCCCAGCCUCGUAGGAUUCCUGUACUGCUCAGUACUAGAGAUGCCAACGGCGACACUGUAUUACAUUUGGCUGUCAAGAAUUUUCAAUCUGAGGCAAGUAAUAAUGUUCCUUCCUUAUUUAGAGGAAGUAAUAUGGAGUUGUAUACAACAAUCAAAAUUCCAAGUAGGUGCGUUUUCUUUAAAACACAAAAUACAACACAACCCAAUGGGCUUGGGAUAUUGAAUUCUAGGUUUGAUCCGCUUCCUAAUUUUUCUGAUCCAAUGGUUGCUUGCACGCAGACGCUGGAACGUUUGCUCCACGCAAAAGAAGCAAUGGAAGCAAAACCAACAAACAAUGAAGAGGCCCUAAACACAAAAAACAAGUGUGGGUUCACGCCACUGGACAUUCUAGAGCAAACUGACGGGAAUGAACAUAAAAUUUACACCUUAAGAGCAGCUGGAUGCUUGAAAGCCAAAGAAAUCUAUCAGGGUGAGUGGCUGUCAAUGCAACGCCAAAGCCUAAUGGUGGUGGCAUCGCUCAUCGCGGCCAUGACUUUCCAAGCCGCGCUGAGCCCUCCUGGUGGAUACUGGCAGGACAAUAAACAGGAGCACAAAGCUGGAAACAGUGUGAUGGCUUCUAACUGGCCAACUACGUACUCUAAUUUCCUCAUGUUCAACUCGUUCGGAUUCCUUGGAUCUAUAACGAUAAUCUUUCUUCUGGUAACUUGGGAACAGUCCUUGAAGAAUAUCGUGAUUUUGGUGUUAGUUAUGUGGCAGACAGUUAUGUGCACAGCUGUUACUUACACGUUGUCGAUUCUCGCAACAACCUCUAAAAAAGACAGCCAACGUGGCAGGAAUGGCGUCGUUGCUAUUUUAGGGUGGACGUGUUAUGUGGUUGUGCUGGUUCUUCUUCUAGGUCGCAGCUGUUGGUUGGCAUAUUUGUUUUUGCUCACCGUGAUCAAAACUGGAAAUGCAAGGAAGGAGGCAGAGAAGGUGGUAAAGGAAAUAAAAGAACAACGGGGAACGGCACUUCUUGUGCAGCGAGAAGAAUUUCCAGAUAUGGAUGCUGCUUCCCCACCGAGCUAGAUGGCUGUUUUGGAGUGGCUGGAGGUCUGUUAUAUAUAGUACUUCAUGGUUCUGGAGCAGCUGCAUGCUUUGUAUGCUUAUGAGGAGGUCUCUUAAGCUUUGUUCUGGGUAGUUUUGAUUCCUCUUUGGAUUGUCUCUGUUUUUUUGUGGGGUUCAUUUGAUAGGUCUUGACAUAUAUACUUGUAGUUUUGGGAGGGUUUUGUAUUUUCAGUUUUAUUAUGUUCCUUCUUUAGUUCAAUCACUGUGACACGUUAAUUCGACUGUGUUAAAGUGUUACUGUCUCGAAAGACGUAGCAUUUCUCUUUUAUAUAAAUAUAUUCCCAUUUUUUGCUCAA